AUGUCCAAGGCACCAGUCCUCGUCACUGGAGCCUCCAGCUUUGUUGGUGCCCAUGUUAUCGAGCAAUUCCUGUCUGAGGGUACUCCCGUUCGAGGAGUCGUUCGGUCUCAGUCUUCGGCGGAUCGGGUUCUCAAAGUGAACUCUCAAUAUGCUUCACUUCUCAGUCUCGCCAUUGUACCAGAUAUUACCAAGCCAGGUGCCUUUGAUGAAGCCGUCAAUGGCAUCGAUGGUGUAAUUCACAUCGCUUCACCAUUCAAAGCAAACAUUCGAGAUAACGAAAAAGACGUUCUAAUUCCGGCUAUCGAGGGCACUACCCAAGUGCUAGAAUCGACAUACAAACAUGCACCUCAGGUGAAGCGCAUCGUCAUCACUGCAUCUUUCGCCGCUGUCGUCGAUCUUUCCAAAGGUCUUCGGGAUGGCUACAUAUAUAAUGAGAAAGACUUCAAUCCUGCCACCUAUGAUGAGGCAAAAUCUAAGGAUGCUGACUUUGGCUUUGCAUAUUGCGCCUCCAAAGUGUUGGCAGAGAAGGCAGCCUGGAAGUUUGUGGAAGAAAAGAAGCCUAAUUUUUCUGUCGCUGUUAUUAACCCUCCCAUUAUCUAUGGCCCUAAUCGUCACUUUAUUGACGAUCUCAAUAACCUCAAUACUUCAUCCGGCAUGUUUUACUCUCUUAUGAACGGAUCCCGGUCCGAGGUACCUCCAACAGCCUUCUGGGCCAUAGUAGACGUGCGCGAUGUUGCCGUCGCCCACAAGGUGGCGUAUUAUAAGCCUGAAGCAGGGGGCCAGCGAUAUCUGACCACGUUGGGCCGCUUCAGCUUCCAGCAGAUUUGCGACAUCCUGCGAGAAGAGUUUCCCGACCUCCGUGACCGCGUCCCUGUCGGCAAUCCCGGGGAGCUGAUCACCGGCGUUUACGACGUGGACAAUACCAAGGUCAAGAAAGAGCUCGGCAUAGAUUUCAUUCCCCUGCGCCAGAUGGUAAUUGACACAGCCAAGAAUUUUCUGGAGCUCGAAAAGACCCUUUUCACACCAGACAUCUCGAAUUGA